UUCUCGGCCCAUAUAUCACAUCGUCUCCUUCACCGCGCAUGAUUCAUUCUCCAACUACGUGUCAAAUCUUCUCAGGGUCACGAUCUGAAGCCGAUCGUUGCUGUAGAAUCAGCUUCCUGCUUGCGCGAGCUUUCUCUUCACUCGAGAUCUUCCCGAGCUUUAGAAGAAGUGAACGGAAUAGCGAGUUUCUCUUGUACGUUUCUCGAUCUAAAUCGUAGUAGAAGAUCGUCUUUGAGAAAAUGCGAAAGGCUAUUGCAGAAGUUGCCAGUUUUGAAAUUUGAAGUUUAACUAGCGAUUGUCAGAGGCGGAUCUGUAUAGCUUGUUACUGUGAACGGAAACUAGAUGAGUAUAUAGGUAGAAUCUAGGAUUGUAAUUGAUCUGGUCGCUUGCUUCGAGUUUGCCUAUAACAGAUUCAGGUGUUAAGUUGUUGUAAGCAAUAAUGAAUACGGAGAAUCAAGGUUAUCCGAAUUUUCCAGCUAGGCCUCCUCCGUUCUCCUCCUCUCCAUUCGCAUCUGCUCCGCCGCCUCAAUCCGGUGGACCAGAGAGUGUUGGAUUUAGGCCACCUACUAGACCUUUCACACCUUCUGGUCCUCCUAUGGCUCCACCAGUGGGUGUGAUGAGGCCUUUCCAGCCUCCUUUGGUUUCUCAGAUUCCAGGUCAAGGGAUUAGACCUCCACCUCCACCGCCUUCGUUUCCUUCUACAGCUUAUGGUCCUCCUGGUGGCGGCUCUUUUCAGCGGUUUCCAACUCCUCCUCCUCCUAGUGGUCCACCACCAACUCAAACGCUUGCAGGUCACUUCUCGCCUCCAAUGCAACCAAUGGGGCCUCCAAUGCAACCAAUGGGGCCUCCAAUGCAACCAAUGGGGCCUCCGCCACAAAGUAUGACUUCUGGGGUACCUGGAGGAUAUGCUUCUCCCCCUGGGGCUGGUUUUCAACAGUCAAUGCCUCCAGUUAAUCCGUCGUAUCCUGGUGUUGGUGGUCCACAGCCUUCUUUUCCUGGUUAUCCCAGCAAUCAGGUUACCCCAGUGCCAUUCCAGUCUGCAUCUCAAGGUCCUCCGUCAUCAUAUCCUCCUCAGACGGGAGGGUUUUCUCAGCAUCCAGGACAGCAGAACCUGCAUCCAAGCUAUGCACCUCCGACCAGCAACGUACAAGGCUUAACUGAAGAUUUCAAUUCCCUGUCCCUUACAAAUAUUCCGGGAUCGCUUGAGCCAGGACUUGAUCAAGCCUCGUUUCCAAGGCCAUUGGAUGGUGACGUGGACCCAAAUACGUUUGCUGAAAUGUACCCUAUGAAUUGCCAUUCUAGAUAUCUACGUCUGACAACUAGUGCUAUACCAAGUUCCCAGUCUCUGGCGUCGAGGUGGCAUUUACCUCUAGGAGCUGUGGUUUGUCCUCUUGCUGAGGCUCCUGAAGGGGAGGAAGUACCACUUAUUGAUUUUGGAUCAAGUGGCAUCAUCCGCUGCAGAAGAUGCCGUACCUAUGUGAAUCCUUAUGUGAGCUUUACAGAUUCUGGAAGAAAGUGGCGGUGUAAUAUUUGUUCUAUGCUUAAUGAUGUACCUGGUGAAUACUUCUCACAUUUGGAUGCUACUGGCCGAAGAAUGGACAUGGAUCAACGGCCUGAGCUGACAAAGGGCAGUGUUGAAAUCAUUGCUCCAACAGAAUACAUGGUUCGGCCUCCGAUGCCACCCAUCUACUUCUUCCUCAUUGAUGUUUCAUUUUCGGCUGCUAAAAGUGGGAUGCUUGAGGUUGCUGCUCAAACGAUUAAGUCUUGUUUGGAUAACCUGCCUGGUUAUCCCAGAACUCAAAUUGGAUUUAUUACUUAUGACAGCACGUUACAUUUUUACAACAUGAAGUCGUCUUUGAGCCAGCCGCAAAUGAUGGUGGUUUCAGAUUUAGAUGAUAUAUUUGUACCGUUGCCGGAUGAUCUCCUGGUCAAUCUAUCUGAAUCAAGAAAUGUGGUGGAAGCCUUUUUAGACAGCCUGCCUCUGAUGUUUCAAAAUAAUGUCAAUGUGGAAUCGGCUUUUGGUCCAGCUCUCAAAGCGGCGUACAUGGUCAUGAACCAACUUGGUGGCAAGUUGUUAAUUUUCCAGAACUCGUUACCUUCUCUGGGUGUUGCGCGAUUAAAGUUGCGCGGAGAUGAUCCUCGUGUCUAUGGAACUGACAAAGAAUAUACUUUAAGGGUAGCGGAAGACAACUUCUAUAAGCAAAUGGCUGCCGAUUGUACCAAGUUCCAGAUAGGAAUUAAUGUUUAUGCAUUCAGUGAUAAGUACACUGAUAUUGCCUCCUUAGGGACUCUGGCUAAAUACACUGGAGGACAGGUGUACUAUUAUCCAGGCUUCCAAUCAUCUAUUCAUGGAGAUACGUUAAGACACGAACUGGCUAGAGACCUUACAAGGGAAACUGCUUGGGAAUCCGUUAUGCGAAUAAGAUGUGGAAAAGGAAUUCGUUUCUCUUCCUACCAUGGGAACUUCAUGCUAAGGUCUACUGACCUGCUUGCUCUUCCUGCUGUUGACUGUGACAAAGCAUAUGCAAUGCAGCUAACUCUGGAAGAGACAUUGCUAACAACCCCGACGGUGUAUUUCCAAGUCGCUCUACUAUAUACUGCUUCUUGCGGAGAGAGGCGUAUAAGGGUACACACAGCUGUUGCACCAGUGGUUACAGAUCUUGGAGAGAUGUAUAGACAAGCAGACACCGGUUCCAUUGUCUCUGUAUAUACUAGAUUAGCAAUUGAGAAAACUUUGUCCGGAAAAUUGGAUGAUGCAAGAAAUGUUAUACAACAAAAGAUUGUUAAAGCUCUCAGAGAGUAUCGGAAUCUUCACUCGGUGCAGCAUCGGUUGGGGUCUAGAUUAAUAUACCCAGAGUCUCUGAAGUUCUUGCCAUUGUACGGACUGGCAAUAUGUAAGUCCACUCCUCUUCAAGGUGGACCUGCCGAUACUUCACUUGACGAGCGCUGUGCGGCAGGCCUCACCAUGAUGGCUCUGCCUGUCAAAAAGCUAUUGAAGCUGUUAUAUCCCAAUUUAUUCCGUGUUGACGAGUGGCUCUUAAAGCCAUCAGCAGACCUUGAUGACCUCAAGGACGUACUAAGGAGAUUGCCUCUGGCUGCUCAGAGUUUGGAUUCUAGAGGACUUUACAUUUAUGAUGAUGGUUUUCGGUUGGUUUUGUGGUUUGGCCGGAUGCUUUCACCUGACAUUGCUAAAAAUCUUCUUGGAGCUGACUUUGCAGCAGAGCUCUCAAGGGUUACACUGCAAGAGCAAGAGAAUGGGAUGUCGAAGAAGCUAAUGAGACUGAUAAAGAAAGUGAGGGAGAGUGAUCCAUCAUAUCAUCCCAUGUGUUUCCUAGUGAGGCAAGGAGAACAACCCCGAGAAGGCUUCCUUCUCCUCCGACAUCUCAUUGAGGACCAGAUGGGCGGUUCGACUAGUUAUGUUGAUUGGAUUCUUCAAAUUCACCGCCAAGUCCAACAAAAUGCGUGA